GAAGUGCAGCAGCUGAUGCAGCUUCCUCUGCCUCUCUGCUGUCUGACUGCAUUCACCUGACACUGAUAUGAAGCAGAGAAGAAGAGCCAAUCAGAGGAGGAGCAGCUGAUCUUUUUCCAGCACUAAUGAUGUAAAGGAUGAUCAGAGUUGAUGUGCAGAUGAAUGAUGUGUGUUUCCUCUGCAGGUGAAGCUAGAAAGUGUGUGUGAGCUGAUGUGAAUUAGGCAGCAUGGAUCAGUGUGAGGACAGAGAGGAGGGAGUCCCUCCCUCUAAAACCACUCUGUGUGGGGAAGAUGAGAGCCAGAGCAAAGGUCAGAGAGUGGACCAGCAGAGCUCAGAGGUUCCCAGUGGUCCAUCUGCUCAGCAUAAUCAAACACAGCUGGACUCCAUAUUUAUGCUGCUGGAGGAAAACAUUGUCACUUUUGUGAAGAACGAGCUGAAGAAGAUCCAGAAGGUUCUGAGUCCAGAUUACCCAGAAUGCCCAGAGAGUCAGAGAGAAGAUGAUGAGGUGUUGGAAGGUGAUGAUGAAGAGCAGAGGAGGAUAAGCAGAGAGGCUGUGAUGAAGAUCACACUGAACUUCCUGAGGAGGAUGAAGCAGGAGGAGCUGGCUGACCGUCUGCAGAGCAAUCAUCUUGCUGCAGUUUGUAAUCGACUUAAAUCUGGUCUGAAGAAGAAGUUCCAGUCUGUGUUUGAGGGGAUUGCUCAAGCAGGAAGUCCAACCCUUCUGAACCAGAUCUACACAGAGCUCUACAUCACAGAGGGAGGGACUGGAGAGGUCAAUGAUGAACAUGAGGUCAGACAGAUUGAAACGGCAUCCAUGAAACCACACAGACCAGAAACAACAAUCAGACAAGAAGAAAUCUUUAACGUCACACCUGGAAGACAUCAACCAAUCAGAACGUUGAUGACAAAGGGAGUGGCUGGCAUUGGGAAAACAGUCUUAACACAGAAGUUCACUYUGGACUGGGCUGAAGACAAAGCCCACCAGAACAUCCACUUCAUAUUUCCWUUCACCUUCAGAGARCUGAAUGUGCUGAGAGAGAAAAAGUUCAGCUUGGUGGAACUUGUUCAUCACUUCUUUACUGAAACCAAAGRAAUUUGCAGCUUUGAACMYUUYCAGGUUCURUUCAUCUUUGAUGGCCUGGAUGAGAGCAGACUUCCACUGGACUUCCACAACAAGGAGAUCCUGACUGAUGCUACAGAGUCCAGCUCAGUGGAUGUUCUGCUGACAAACCUCAUCAGGGGGAAACUGCUUCCCUCUGCUCUCCUCUGGAUAACCACACGACCUGCAGCAGCCAAUCAGAUCCCUCCUUGGUGUGUUGGCAUGGUGACAGAGGUCAGAGGGUUCAAUGACCCCCAGAAGGAGGAGUACUUCAGGAAGAGAUUCAGAGAUAAGCAGCAGGCCAGCAGGAUCAUCUCCCACAUGAAGACGUCACAAAGCCUCCACAUCAUGUGCCACAUCCCAGUCUUCUGCUGGAUCACUGCUACAGUUCUGGAGGAUGUGUUGGAGACCAGARAGGGAGGAGAGCUGCCCAGAACCCUGACUGAGAUGUACAUCCACUUCCUGGUGGUUCAGACCAAAGUGAAGAAGGUCAAGUAUGAUGGAGGAGCUGAAACAGAUCCACACUGGAGUCCAGAGAGCAGGAAGAUGAUCGAGUCUCUGGGAAAACUGGCUUUUGAUCAGCUGCAGAAAGGAAACCUGAUCUUCUAUGRAUCAGACYUGAMMGAGUGUGGCAUCGAUAUCASAGCAGCCUCAGKGUACUCAGGAGUGUUCACACAGAUCUUUAGAGAGGAGAGAGGGCUGUACCAGGACAAGGUGUUCUGCUUCGUCCAUCUGAGUGUUCAGGAGUUUCUGGCUGCUCUUCUUGUACAUCUGACCUUCAUCACCUCUGGGGUCAACCUGAUGGAAGAAACACAAACAUCUAAGAAGCCUUCAUUAUUUAAUAAACCAAAACUAAAGUCUCUCCAUCAGAGAGCUGUUGACUGGGCCUUAAAGAGUCCAAAUGGACACCUGGACUUAUUCCUCCGUUUCCUCCUGGGACUUUCACUGCAGACCAAUCAGAGACUCCUACAAGGUCUGUUGACACAGACAGGAAGUAGCUCAAAGACCAAUCAGGAAACGGUUCAGUACAUCAAGGAGAAGAUCAGUGAGAAUGUGUCUGCAGAGAAAAGCAUCAAUCUGUUCCACUGUCUGAAUGAACUGAAUGAUCACUCUCUAGUGGAUGAAAUCCAACAGUCUCUGAGUUCAGGAAGUCUCUCCACAGAUAAACUGUCUCCUGCUCAGUGGUCAGCUCUGGGUUUCUUCUUAGUGUCAUCAGGAAAAGAUCUGGAUGUGUUUGACCUGAAGAAAUACUCUGCUUCAGAGGAGGUUCUUCUGAGGCUGCUGCAAGUGGUUAAAUUCUCCAACAAAGCUCUACUGGGUGUCUGUAACCUCUCAGAGAGAAGCUGUGAAGCUCUGUCCUCAGUUCUCAGCUCCCGGUCUUCCAGUCUCAGAGAACUGGACCUGAGUAACAACAACCUGCAGGAUUCAGGAGUGAAGCUUCUCUCUGCUGGACUGAAGAGUCCAAACUGCAACCUGGAAACUCUCAGACUGAGUGUCUGUAACCUCUCAGAGAGAAGCUGUGAAGCUCUGUCYUCAGUUCUCAGCUCCCAGUCCUCCAGUCUCAGAGAACUGGAUCUGAGUAACAACAACCUGCAGGAUUCAGGAGUGAAGCUUCUCUCUGCUGGRCUGAAGAGUCCAAACUGCAAGCUGGAAACUCUCAGACUGAGUGUCUGUAACCUCUCAGAGAGAAGCUGUGAAGCUCUGUCCUCAGUUCUCAGCUCCCAGUCCUCCAGUCUCAGAGAACUGGACCUGAGUAWCAACAACCUGCAGGAUUCAGGAGUGAAGCUUCUCUCUGCUGGACUGAAGAGUCCAAACUGCAACCUGGAAACUCUCAGACUGAGUGACUGUAACCUCUCAGAGAGAAGCUGUGAAGCUCUGUCCUCAGUUCUCAGCUCCCAGUCCUCCAGUCUCAGAGAACUGGACCUGAGUAACAACAACCUGCAGGAUUCAGGAGUGAAGCUUCUCUCUGCUGGACUGAAGAGUCCAAACUGCAACCUGGAAACUCUCAGCUUAUCAGGCUGUUUGGUCUCAGAGGAAGGCUGUGCUUCUCUGGCCUCAGCUCUGACCUUUAACCCCUCCCAUCUGAAAGAGUUGGACCUGAGCUACAAUCAUCCAGGAGACUCAGGAGUGAAGCUGCUGUCGGCUGGACUGAAGGAUCCAGACUGGAGACUGGAAGCUCUCAGGUAUGGAGGAACUGAUGGAGGAGCAGAGAAGGUCUGA